AAACCCCGCCUUACUCUCGUCCACCUCGGCCCCGUCUGAGGGCGACCUGGGCCAGCUCUUGGCGCACAUCAGUGAAGAACCCCUGCUCGCCUUGGGUCUCUUUGAAAUGCCAGUCUCCGUCCUCGUCCUGUCCGCCGAGAUUCGCGCGGGCCUUUGGCGGCGCAACGGACAGCUGAUGAUGGACCAGGUGAUCAAUUACAGGGAACCGCCCUUCUGCAGGGUCUUCCGUGACAUGGACCUCUUGCUGGUACAGAUGGCGGCGCUAGCGUGGGGCGAUUGGGAGAAGGUGAUGAACGCAUUGUUGCGACGUUUCCACGUCUGGACCUGGCUGCCGCCUGCCGGGUGGGAAGACGUAGGCAAGGCCGACGAGGCAGGAGGUCAGGGGGGAGACAGGAAGGCAACAGACUCCUCGUCGUGGAUGAGGCCAGAGGGGGGGCAGCGGCCAAGGUCAGGGCGACCAUGGAAUCGGCGCGACCGAUGGGAUGACGAUGUGGUCCGGGAGACGCUGCUGCCUCUGGGAGAGGAGUGUUUGCUGUUGCUCAUCCUGCUGAUCACCGAGGUCCCCUUGCCCCCGAUGCCUCCCCAAGACCGGCACCGGCUCAGCCUUCGCCGCGAAAUCGUCCACCGGCUUGCGUCGGGGCCGUGCACGCACAGCGAGGUCCACGAGUGCUGUCACCACUCUUCGGACGGCUCGGAGGUGAUACCGGAGUCCAUGAUCGAAGAGAUCCUGGCCUCCGUGGCGGUCCGGCGCGAGGCGCGAGACCUGGAGGCGGAAAGGUUUGUUUUAAGCGAGAGCGCCUGGGAAGAAUACGACCCGGCCUUUUUCCACAUGACCAAUCAAGCGCACCAACAAGCAUCGGAGAUGCGGCCCUCGCCCAAGAAAGAAAGCGGUCCAUCCCCCAAAGCAUGCGUUCGUCCCCCCCCUCCGGCUCACCCGGUCUUUGCCCCGUUGCGCCUGGGCUUGCUCUCCUCUCGCACCCUCCUCCAAGUCAUCAGAACGGUCCUCAUGAAGGCCUUCCCGCCAAGCGGCCGCAGCAGCAGUGGCGUCCCUGCUUCCACCUCUUUUCUCUCGGAACCCACUGAGCCCACCGACAGCACGGGUUUCAUCGCCCCCCUCCCCUCACCUCCGCCUCCCUCCUCUUCAUCCUCAGCCUGCAUCCGCGAUUCCCUCCUACCCCGAUGUCUGCAUCUACUGACUUUGGCCGUGCACGCUCUACGGGACUGCCCGUCUUCACCUGCGACACGCUCGUUUUUUGCGGCCAUGCACGACACCUCUGCGCUCCCUUCUUCAUCGAGCCCCUCCCUGUUCUCCCUCCUCCUCGCAUUGCCCUCCUCGAUUGCCUCCUCGUCCGACGUCCACCUCUUGCAAGGGACGCAAUGGCUGCUCCAAAACCUCGGACGGCUCGAUCCUGUCUGCCAAGCUGCCUUGGACCGCAGCGUGGCCGUCGGCGAGGGAGCCCAAAAAAUUGCGCGAUCAGCCCACGCCCGGAAGAAGACAGCACGUGAAAAGAUGCUCGCCAAGAUGCAGCGUUCGGCCGCCGAAUUUCUCAAGGGGCAAGAGGGUAAAGAGGAGGAGGAAGAAGAUGUGCCGCGUAGGGUGCGUGAAAACAAGGAAGGGGACGACGGGAUGGUUGACGAGGAUGAUAGAAGAGCGGGCAAGUCCGCGGAAGGAAGGAUUAUGCCCUCUCCCCGGAAAAAGAGCCUUGGAGAGCUGGGUCCGGGGGAAACCAAUGGAGAAGAAGGGAUGGAGGGCGAGGAGAAAGCGGGCGGGGAGGAAGUAUUACCGAAAAAGCCGGUGUGUAUGGCCUGCCGGGGCUCCAGUGCGAAGGAGGACUCGAGUCCUUUGGGAUACGCUGCCUUCGUCCAGCGCUCGAACGUACUGAGCAGGUCUUUACCCCUUGGGGAGUUGGACGCCUGUCCGACUUCCUCCUCCCCGCAGAAGCCCGGGCGACGGGGAAGGCGAGGGGCGGACGGGAAAUGCGGACAGGAGGAGGAGGAGGGGGAGGAGGAGGGAACAAUCGAGGGAGGGCGAAGUGCGGCGAGAAGUGGGAAACAGGGUGGCUUUCAGGAACGGCGAGAAGGCUUGAUUGUGCAGCUGUGUGGUCACGCGUUGCACUAUGGGUGCUUUGACGCCUACUUUGCCUCGGUGGUGGAGUCGAGCGAGGCGAUGGGCAACUUGAUCUACAACGUGCAGGCGGGCGAGUAUCCCUGUCCAUACUGUAAGGCCGUUUCCACUUGCUUGGUGCCGCACAUUCCAGUGGUGGAGGACGCAGGCCUUUUCGGAGGGGUCGUGAUUGGCGCAGGGGCGGGUGUAAUUGAUCGGCAGGGGGCAAGAAAGGGCAAGGAUGGGAAUAGGGGAACCGUCGUGUGGCGAUUCGAGGAUCACUUGCAGGCAUUGG